UGAAUCUUCCAUACGGCGCUGGCUGGAGCUCUGCAGUGUGGGCAUCAGUCGGUGCCGUUCACACUGGAUGAAGGAUUACCGUCCGAGUUUAUCGAUAGGAAGUCAAGAUACCGAGUGAUCCGGACGCGCAAGUGUUUGGGUGCCAGUUUGCAUCCGCCGGACUUGUACAACAAAAGGCAGAGCGGGAGCCGAUUCGAGCAUGAACGGGGACAUACGGAAUCACAGCGGCUGAGUCGUGUUGCUUGGCCAAACAUGAAGAUCAAACGGCUCGCACGUCUCAAUGACUAGCUAACAACACCGAGCACAGGGGUUUCAUCAGGCUAACCAGCUAACCGUGAUUGUCAGCAAGAGCAGAGCAGGGACUGCAAUUCGGUUUUGUGCAGAUUUCUUUGUGUGAAGCUUAGCCGCUUGACAUUUUGAGGUCAUGUUGCUGUGUCCGCCGAUUAAUUAAGGUUAGACCUAAUCUAGCUAGCUAGCUAGCCGGCUAAUGUAUCACAACAAUAAAGGAACCGGGCUGCUAGACAACGCUAGCUAGCUAGCUCGAAACUAGACGCUAGUCGAGGUGGAGACAGAGGAAGUAAGUCAAUUCUCCAGGCUGAGGCUCACGUUUUCCUCCUGCUGGUUUGCGUGUUUUGGCUAGUUAGAGCCACAGAGCCGAAAGGACACGGUGGGCAACAAAGCCGACGUCUAGCUUACUGGUACCAACACUGGACUCUUAACAGCUACUGCAGCUCAGGAUGACAAAACGAUAAGGCGAUGAAACGUUAAUGCUAGAUCUUCUGUAGGUACCUAGCUGCCGCAUAUUAUUCAUUAUAGAUGAUGAGAAAGGACAAUCGGAGGAUCUGGACUUGACUACAAAUGACCCUGAAGACCACCUGGCUAACUAGUGUCGAGUGUUUGCAGUUUGCUGCCAUUUCUGUGUCGGCCGGAAUCUCGACCCUGCAGCCUCCUAAUAUAAUUUAGCUGCUUGGUUUUGCGACUAGUUUCCAUUACUGUAAGUGAGAAUGGCUGCCGUUGUGAAUUAUUCCCCACCGUGGUGGGUAAACUUGCUGCAUCGCCUUCCUCACUUCAACCUGCAGUUCGAGCAAACCAGCAGUGAUUUUCGCCCUGAGGAUUCGUCCUAUCAGCAGUCCAUUCUGCUGCUGGGUGGGGUGGCUUUGGCCUGUCUGGCUCUGGACCUACUCUUCCUCCUCUUCUACUCUUUUUGGCUCUGCUGCUGUCGCAAAAAGAGUGAUGAGCAGCCCAACGCAGACUGCUGCUGCACCGCCUGGUGCGUCAUCAUUGCCACCCUCGUGUGCAGUGCCGGCAUUGCUGUUGGUUUCUACGGGAACGGAGAGACCUGCGAUGGAGUGAACCGGCUCACUUACUCACUGCGCCAUGCCAACCGCACUGUGGCUGGAGUACAGAAACUGGUAUCAGACAGCGCCACCUCCCUGAACCAGACCGUAGACGAGAAUUUGCAGGGUUUGGAGACUCAGUACGCGAAGCACACGGACUACCUGUCUAUUGUGCAGAAGUUACAGGGCCAGCUGGAUGAGCUGGUCAAACAGAUGGUGGAAAUACCCUUCUGGAACAAUCCCAGCAUCUCCCUGGAGGACCUGGCCUUCAAGAUCGAACUCUACGACUGGUACAGGUGGCUGGGCUAUCUGGGACUUCUCUUGUUUGACGUGCUCAUCUGCCUGCUGGUGCUUUUCGGCCUCAUCCGCAACUCUAAAGGAACUCUCAUUGGUGUCUGUUUACUGGGUGUGUUGGCACUGGUAAUCAGCUGGGGAUCGCUGGGUCUGGAACUGGCUGUCUCCUCGACCUCCAGUGACUUUUGCGUGGCGCCAGACAUGUACGUCGCCAGAGUGGCCGAGCAGUACGGAGUCAUCAACAAAGACAUCCUGCAGUAUUACCUCCAGUGCAGCGUGGGGCAGGCCAACCCCUUCCAGCAGAAGCUGUCUGGAAGUCACAAGGCUCUGGUGGAGAUGCAGGACGACGUGUCAGAACUUCUGCGUUCCGCAGUGCGGGAAUACCCCCAGACCAAGAGCAAUCUGGAGCAGAUUCAGGGAGUUUUGAAUACCACUGAAAUUGGGCUGCAUCAGCUGACCGCCCUAGUGGACUGCCGCAGUCUGCAUAUGGACUAUGUGCAGGCAAUGACUGGCCUGUGCUAUGAUGGUCUCGAGGGGCUGAUCUAUCUGGUGCUCUUCUCCUUCGUCACCGCUCUCAUGUUCAGCUCCAUCGUGUGCAGCGUGCCUCACACAUGGCAGGGCAGGAGGCCUGAUGAGGAUGGUGAGGAAGACUCUGGGGCUGCCGGAGGAAGGCAGAACCAUGAUAACCUGUACCGGGUGCACAUGCCCAGCCUGUACAGCUGUGGCAGCAGCUAUGGCAGUGAGACUAGCAUCCCUGCAGCAGCACACACCGUCAGCAAUGCUCCUGUUACCGAGUACAUGACGCAGAAUGCAAACUUCCAGAAUCCCCGCUGUGAGAACACUCCUCUCAUUGGGAGAGAGUCACCUCCUCCCUCUUACACGUCCAGCAUGAGGGCCAAGUACCUGGCAAACGCCCGGGCUGACCCCAACAACAGCACUUCUGCAGCACACUAGAGAAGCACUGGGCCCUCUCCCCUAAUCCCACACACUCACACACGUUCACACACACACUCACAGAUGAGCCCCUGUUUCCACGGCCCAAGCAGACUCCAGCCCACAAAACCCAGCCUGGCCUCAUCACCCAAGCCCACCCAUCUAGCCACUACAGGCCAGAAGGUGCGCUUGCCCUUUGAUGUGCACUCGCCAAGCCCAAUCAACACAAGGACAUCCUGGCAUCAUGGAAACACACUCGAGCAGAGGGCCCCUUCUGCUGUUUACAGAUGGCUGACCACAGUCCCAACCAGAGCCCAGCAGGCAGAGCAGUGGGUUACUUCUAACGAGCGCGUGUUUGUGUGUGUGUGUAUGUGUGUGCGCGUGUUUUUGUACACGUUUAUGUGUGUGUACAUGUGUUUGUUAGUCCGUGCUGCCCUUGCUUUCUUGUGGUGCUUUUGCCAGAGGACCCUAGAGCCCCAUAAGUACACAGCCAGAAGGGGGUGAUGGGCCUCAAAUCACAUUCCUGCAUGACUUCUUCUAUAAUGUGACUUCCUCUAUUAUAUAGGAUUUCUAUUCUUUGACAUACAACAGUAACAUCUACUCUGAGUAGCUGGACAGGUAAAGCGAUAUGAACUCCACAGCAGGUAACAAGUCAGACAAGCUGACGUCAACGAUUUGCAAUACUAACUAAUAUGAAUUACCGGACUGGUAUGAACACGGCGUGUUUUUUAACUUCACUGAUGCAGUGGUGCUAGUUAUCCUAACUAAAAUCUGAAAAGAAUACUGCCAUUAUGUAUAUGAAAAGGGGAAAAAAAGUAGCAAUAGUCAGCUUGGGGUUGAAAACGGGCUUGGGGUUUAGCUCUAGUUUAAUCUUUCAUUGUGAGCUCUCUUAGGUGGGGUAGUGUUGAUGGAAAAGCUGAUGUGGAAGCUUUGGAAAGCCCCUGUGCAAGUUUGUCCUUCCUGUUUUCCACCAUACGAACUGCAUAUAAACAACCACUCAGAGGUUCCUGGUGCGGUCCAAAUGAGACCAAGCUGUCUCGCUUACCCACGCUGGAAUACUCCCAGCAACACUGCGAUGCCUGCACAUGAGAAUGAGGUUGAGUUUGAGAAGGAGGUUGAACUCCGACUCAGCUGCGUUGGAUUACUUGACCACAAACUGGCAUUGAGUGUUGUUUGGGCACUGAGUCUCAUUCAGCUGAGUCCACUUUGACAUAUCAUCGUACCCACUGGAAGGGAAGGCAAGCCUGAGAUAGCUUUGGCCGCUGUUGACCUUAGCUGGAUACUGCAUUUGACACAAUACUCUGCAACCGAACUGUGGAGUGUCUGGGGACCACUUAAUGUUAUUUUUGCUCUUACAUGUCUCUGCCUAUGGUUUAUCGGUUAUCUGCUACAUUUGUCUUGCAUGCUUGCAGCUGUUCACCCUCCUCAGAAGGGUUCGUCGUUGAAACGUGUCGCCACUGUUGUUAAAAAACGAUGAAACGUACUUGAGAACUUCUCUGUACUGUACAUGAACUAUGAACUGGACGGACUGCUGAGCAAGCUUGGACAUGGACUUUGCUGUUCAGGUUGCGUUUCUUUUCCCCUCAUCUGUGAAGCAGUAUGGACUUGAGGUGGAGAAAUAGGCGGCCACUCCCAGAGAAAGGAUGGUUGCCUUCUGGAACUCCUGUAACUCUGCAGUUGCUCGGUAUGAUCUACCAAGGACCAAAAUGUCCAGGGUUUUUUCUUCAAGGUCCAUAUUUCUGAUGCAUCUUAGAGUGCUGAUCUCAUACAUCCAUGAAAUAGUAGUUAUUAGGCUAUUACAGACCAUAACUUAUACCUUUGAACCUUAGGCUGCAGCAUUCAGACAAGAGCACAUCUGGUCCAAGGAGAAAGUGCCAUAUGGAAGUGUGCACUGUCUCCUCAGGAGACCUCUCGCAUGCACAUAAUGCCACGGGAUCUGCUAUAUCUCCUCUGCUCUGGAUCCCUCACAUUAAGGUUUGGAAGUUGCAGUUGGUCUCCUGCAGUGGCAGGUGAGCUGGUUAUCAGUCUACACUGCUGGAGAUUGUGGUUUUCUCUGUCGUCCUUCUGAGCCGCUGUCUGGUACGCAAAGUCCUCUUUAACCGAGUGGACCUACCAAACACCACUUCAAGAGAACACUCCCAUCUCAUGAAAGGCCAAAAAAGGCCGAGCUGUUCUAUGUACAGCUACUUUCCUGGAUCAGAGACAUGCAUGCUGUGUAAGGACAAGCUUGGGACUAAUCAUGCACAACAAAGUCAAAGAUCCUGUGAUUCUCUGAGGAGGUCAUACUAGGAGAAAAGAGCAAAAGGGAAUACUUUAAGACUUAUGGAAAAUAAAGCCUGGGUUAUUUGUUUCAUUAGCUCAUACCCUGAACAUCUCUCGCUUACUGGACUGUGUGAGCUUCUGUUCAUUUACUUCUCUGAGGCAUGGUGACCUUUCAAUGUGGAGUGUGAAGUGUUCUCGUGUGCUACUGAUGCUUGCAUUGGGUUUCUUGAUUGAUGCUUUUAUCGCAAUCAAUAACGAGGCGAGGUUCCUCGACUGUGCCAACAACCAAACCACAACUCUUUGACCUUCCUUGUAUCUUUUAAAUGUUUCACAUCUUUUAAAUGGGCCUUUUUUGUACAUUCACACAGCUCUGCCUAGCCUGAGCGACCAAACUACUCACCUGUGAACAUGAGCCCGACGUUCUAAGAAUUGUAUUUUUUUUUGUAUGUGAAUGAUCAUUUGUUAGUGAGGCAUUUUUUGUUUGUUUGUUUUUACAUCAGCAUACUCUGUUAAUAUCGUAUUGCUAGACCAAUGUAUAUACCAUAUAUAAUACAAUGCAAAAUGAAGAAAAUGGCUUGUGUCAAGGACAAUGAAUUUGCAAUACCAUAGUGCAAACUGUCACACUUCAUCUCAUUUUUAUUUUUAUUUUUUUCCAAUUUCUAGUCUUUGUGGCAAAUUUUUAGAAUGAUUAUUAGUAAGCACAAAAGAAGAACUUUUGUCUCAUGUGAAUAAAUGAGUUUGGUAUUUCAUUGAAUUGUUUUGAUAAAACUUCACUGUAGAAUUACUUUUGUUUUUUUCUUUUACUUUUUGCAUUUACUAAAAUAUUGUACAUGUUAAACCUGUGGUUUUAUUGAGCUUGAACUCAGUGUUUUCAGAUUAAAGUACAUUAACUGAUGA